UGUUUGAGAAUUCUUACAGCAUCCUGCAUGGACCGGAAGUAAGGAACUCCUGUCUGAGAAUUCUUAUAGCAGCCUGCAUGGACCGGAAGGAAGGAACGACAUGGAAUUGUACACACCGAGCUUAUGGCAAAAAAGGCAGUCGAAGGCUUCUGUGAUAAAGAGCGUGCUGUCUAUCUACUUCCGGAGUCCAAAGCGAGCUCUAUUGUUGACUCUUCUCUUUUUCUCCGUCUUACUACUACUCACUCAGGUAUGGGGAAUCCUGUUUGGACCUCAGAAGUUCGUCUACAAGUGUUUCGAGGAUUAUGGAUAUCCUCUAAAUAAGACCGUUGUUAAUCCGCAUCCAUAUAGGUACAUAACUAACGUGUCAUCAACAUGCACAGAUAUCCCGGAAGUUUACGUCAUAACCCUCGUCAAAUCAGCAGCAGGAAAUUUUAAACAGAGACAUUAUAUACGAAGUUCUUGGGGGAUAGACGCCAAAAAGAAAAAUCUUAGACUUGUUUUUCUUUUAGGAUACAAUAAGGAGAACCAGUUUAUGGUAGAAUAUGAACAAAACAUGCUUGGCGACAUUGUUCAACAGGAUUUCCAAGAAAAUUAUUAUAAUAACACAAUAAAAGUCACCAUGGCGCUUAACUGGGUUACUACCUUCUGUAAAAAUGCAAAAUACAUUCAGAUAGUUGAUGAUGAUAUGUUUCUUAACUUUCAAAAUGCCCUAGGAUUUCUUGAGGAAAAGAAAGAGAGUGCUCGAUUUCAUCUCUAUGCAGGCUAUCACAUCCGGGAACCUACACCAGACAGAAACAUUAAAUCUAAGUGGUACAUACCUCCCACCCGUUACUCGUUUGACUGUUUCCCACCAUAUAUAGCUGGAGGAUAUGUCCUCAUGAACAUUCGAACUGUCUUUGCAUUCCAGAAAAUCAUUCCAUAUAUUCCAAGUUUGCCGUUUGAUGAUGUAUAUUUUGGCAUUGUUUCUCAGAAACUGUCAAUAAUUCCGUCCCAUAUAAAUACCUUGGAUGUGAGCAGGAUCCAAACAUCACGGGAGAAAAUCAAGUGCCUUAUAGCUCUACAUGACUAUAAAUCUCUUAAGGAUUUUAUGUAUGCAUACAAUGUAACGCAUAAUAGAUUUUUAGAAGGAAGAUGACAAAAGGUUUUAUUAGACAUUGGAUUAAUUACAAUGGAAGUAUUGG